AGUCUGGGUCACUGGUCUGAAAACAUCUGUGGGUUGGAGACUUGUUUUCUUUUAAAGUGGUUAGUUUAUCAAACAACCAUGUCUGCGGAGCCCAGCAGGCAGCCGAAAUGCAGCCGGUGCCGACAUCACGGCCUCAUUGUUCCUCAGAAAGGCCACUCGAAGGUCUGCCCUUUCCUCCACUGUGACUGCUGGAAGUGUGAUUUGGUCACGGAGCGAACACGGAUCCAGCGAAACUUAAAGACAGCUCAUAAUAAGGAGAAGUGUCCGAGAGAGGACGCCGGCCAUAGAGCACCUGCGGCUGCUUCGGCCCCUGAUGUAUGCGCUCAUCCGUCGGGCACAUCUGGACAGCAGAGCGCUCCCUCGGGUGGACUCCCGUGGUCGGAGCGUGACGCGAUGAACGCCGAGAGACCCCUCGAUCUCCGGACGAGACCUGCCGAUGGAGGGCUGACUGUGACCGGUCAGGAGAGCAGAAACGGGCAGCUGUACACUUCACGUGAGGAGGGACCAUGUGCCCCAUUUAGUGGUCCUUGCGCUGUUGAAUUUGAGCAGACCCCACCUCUGCCUGUUAUCCACUUCCCUUUUGGGAUGUCCCGUCAUUACUCCAGCAGCUACAAUCUGUGUCCAAACAUUGUUCUCAACAUGCCGUGGAUGCCUCCUCUGCCAGUAGGGAGUUUUAAUGAUGGCCUCUAUGGACCUCUGAUGUUCCCCCAUUACUCUUCUCCAUCUGACCCCGGACCUCCUGCUAUGCUGGGAAUGCAGAUUGUUGUUGACCCUUCAGUGAUGUCUGCUCCAGAAGGACAAACUCACCAGGACAUGGAGAGGAAGAAAUAAAGGACAGUAAGAAAAAAUAUAGGGGGACUAGCUCCCUACAGUUUGGCUGUUAAGGAUGCAUUUCUGUUCUGCAAACCUGCCUGUCAUGUUCAGAUUUCUGCCAUGAAUGCUUUUGCACUCUGUUGUUGAUUUUGUUCAUCAAUUCAUUUGCAAGCUGAGUGCAAGUCUCUUCAUUCUAACAUUUUCUUAGAUUGAUAUGAGUUCUUCUUCUGUGCUAGGUAUUCAUGAAUUAGCAUACGUUGAUGAGGGUAGUAGUAUUAUAGAUAAAAACAAAACAAAAAAAAACAUUUUUAGAAUUUGAGUUAUGUUUAUAU